AUGUGGAGGCGUCCGAGUCACUCCGUGCUGCGUGGGGUCCGGUCGGUGGUGGAGCAGCGCAGCCGGCCCGAGGCGUCGACUGAGCAGGCGGCGCGCGCCAUGGAGCGGGCGGUGGUGCGUUGCGUGCCCUCGGAGCGCAAGCUCAGCCUGUCGUUCGCGCUGGCCGACGGCAGCCACAAAAAAAUGCAGCGCGACCAGAGCGAGCCCCUGGGCCGGGUCCUCAGCCGGAUCGCUACCAACGCCCUGAAGGGCCACGCCGCUAAGGUGGCGGCUGCCAAGAAGAACCGGAAGAGCCGAGCGCAGUCUGGCGGCGGCGCGGCCUGCGCUCCGGAACCGGCAGCGGCCUGCGAGCCGGUGGUGAAGCUGUACUACCGCGAAGAGGCCGUGGCGGACGACGUGCUCAAUGUGGACGCCUGGCAGGACGGCGCGGUGCUGCAGAUCGGCGACAUCAAGUACAAGGUGGAACGCAACCCGCCCGCCUUCACCGAGCUGCAGUUGCCGCGCUUCUUCAUGGCCGGCUUCCCGGUGUGCCCCAAACUCAGCCUGGAAUUCGGGGAUUCUGCCAACUCUGUGUUCCGCUGGUACAAGGAGGUCCAGCCCGGUGCGGCCGAGCCCGGGGACGGCGGCCUCGAGUCGUCGUCCCGCCCCGGGCCGUCUUCGGCUUGGACCGAGACAGGUGUGGCCGAGCGCGUGUACACCCCGUGCAACGCGGACAUCGGGCUGCGGCUCAAGCUUCACUGCACGCCGGGCAAUGGGCAGCGCUUCGGGCCCAGCCGCGAGCUGGAGAGCGUGUGUCCCGUGGAGGCCGGGCCCGGCACCUGCACGUUUGACCAUCGGCAUCUGUACACCAAGAAGGUGACGGAGGACUCCAUCAUCCGGACCGUCUCCUACAACAUCCUAGCAGACACGUGCGCCCAGACCGAGUUCUCCCGGACCGUCCUCUACCCGUACUGUGCGCCCUACGCUCUGGAGAUUGACUACCGCCAGAACCUCAUCCAGAAGGAGCUCACCGGCUACAACGCAGACCUCAUCUGUUUGCAGGAGGUGGACCGCGCCGUGUUCACCGACAGCUUGGUACCGGCCCUGGAGGCCUUCGGCCUGGAGGGCGUGUUCCGGAUCAAACAGCACGAAGGCCUGGCCACUUUCUACCGGAAGUCCAAGUUCAACCUCCUUAGCCAACACGACAUUUCAUUCCGGGAAGCCUUGGCGUCGGACCCGCUGCACAAGGACCUACUAGAGAAAUUGGCUUUGAACCCUCUAGCACUGGGUAAAGUACUCCAGAGAGCGUCUGUCCUUCAGAUUUCAGUUCUUCAGUCUACAAAGGACUCUUCUAAAAAGAUAUGUGUCGCUAAUACCCAUCUCUACUGGCAUCCAAAAGGUGGACACAUUCGUCUCGUUCAAAUGGCAGUAGCCUUGGCUCACAUUAGACAUGUUUCAUGUGAGCUGUAUCCUGGCUUACCAGUUCUAUUUUGUGGAGACUUUAAUAGUACACCGUCUACAGGAGUGUAUCAUUUUGUCACCAAUGGCAGCAUUCCAGAGGAUCAUGAAGACUGGGCUUCCAACGGGGAAAAGGAAAGAUGCAGUAUGUCUCUCUCACACCUUUUCAAACUGAAAAGUGCUUGUGGGGAACCUGCUUACACCAAUUAUGUUGGUUGUUUUCACGGAUGCCUAGAUUACAUUUUUAUUGACUUAAAUGCGUUAGAGGUUGAACAGGUGAUUCCGUUACCUAGUCAUGAAGAAGUUACCACCCAUCAGGCCUUACCUAGUGUUUCUCAUCCUUCUGAUCACAUAGCACUGGUUUGUGAUUUAAAAUGGAAGUAAGUUUUGCUGCAUUGAGUGAAAAGGAA